GCAAUAUAACAUAUGUGUUUUUUUCACGCAGGUGGAGUGAAGGAAGGAGCGCAGAGAAGAGAAUGAGGGUGGAAGAAGGAGACCCCGGGUAAAAGCGACACCAAUGUGGUAUUUGGUCUCUCGUCGAGCUCGGAGGAGGCAAUGUGCGGAGCUCGCGCGACACGAGUGUACACGUUCUCAAAGACGGACCGAAAGAGAUUUGGCAAGUUUAGCUCGGCGGUGAAACGUGACUGAUUGCACAAGCGCGGUGAGAUAAUAGACAGAGCAAAAGACCUUUUGAACUCUUUGAUUGAUUUUGUGUCGUGCUUGACAGGUGUCAAGCGAGUUUCGCGCCUCGCUCUUGGAAUAAAUAAUCCAAAUACAAAUAGGAUGACGUAAAACAGAACAAUAUUAUAUUGAGUCGAAUGUACAUAUGUAAAGAGUGUAUUAGAAGUUAAAAAAAAAAAAAAAAGAAACAAAUCAAAGAAAAUUACACAACGAUGACGUUGCUGCGACAGUUUGCGGAUUUGCUGAGUUUGAUAACAAUAGCUAUGUGCUUCGUGCUGAAAAUUCCGCAAAUAUUGAAAUUAAUUUCCGUGAAAUCGACCGACGGAAUUUCCAUGACGGGACUGAUUUUGGAACUGACGAGUUACACCGUGAUGACCGGUUACAAUUACACUAAUGGAUAUUCGGUACUGUCUUACUUGGAAUAUCCGAUAAUAUUGGCGCAGGAAUACGUACUGAUAUUUUUCGUACUGAAGUAUAAGAACAAGCUCAACAUGUGGUCUCUCGCGUGCGCCGUAAUAUACUUUCAAUUAACUGGCUGUUUGUUGUUGAAAAUUAUCCCAAAAAUUGUACUUACGUUUUUGGCGCCGAUGUGCACUCCAAUUUCCGCUUCCAGUAAAAUGGUCCAGCUGCUAGCGAUACUCAGAGCCAAAAACGCGGACUCGGUAUCGCCUCUUACGUGGUUCAUAUCUACCUUCACAAACUUAACGAGGGUGUUUACGAUAUGGAUGGACUCGGCCGACGUGCUCUUGCUGGGAAACUUCGUUAUCUCGGUGCUUCUGAGUUCCAGCAUCAUGUUCUCCGCGAUUUAUUACAGAAACCGCGCGGUGAAACAGGAUUGAACGAGCGGAAAAUUGCGCGACACUGUUUUCUAGUCAGAAACAUUAAAUUGUCAAAUACGACAAAGUAAUUUGCAAGAGAAAAAAAACUGAGAUUUUUUUUUACUCGAAAGACGAUCGUCGCUCAAUGUCGCUUUUGUAUCUGACAGAUCGAUCUAAGCUGCGAGAUAAUCAUUUGAAACCCGCUAACAAGAUUCUAUUCUGUGAGUAUAUUAUGCACAUCCGUGUGUGUAUACGAAGAAUGCCAUGUGGUCUCCAUCUACACGGACUAUUCCUUCCAAA